CCUGCUGCCGACCAGAGGGGAGUGGAGCCGGCAGAGGCAGGUAGCAGCAGCCCCGGCUUGGUGGACGCAUCCGUGGCAUUCCUCCACCAUGCCGGACCGGGGCAAGAGGCGACGGGUGGAUGCUGUCACAUACACCGGCAGCUCCAUUUAAUGUCAAAGUUUGCAUUUCAUGACGCAGCAGUGUGGAUGGAUUAAAGGUAUGAGCAGGAUGAGCUCUGUGCCAUUCACCGGUAAAUCCAUAGCAUACUGAGACUGCAUGGAUUAAUAUUGGAUACAUAAAACAUGGGAGACCUGGAGUGUGGCUUUGAGGAAAUGCAAGGAGUGAGAUUGGGAUACCUGCUCAUCCAAGGCAAGCAAAUGUUUGCUUUGUCUCAGGUCUUCACCGACCUGCUGCAGAACAUCCCCCGGACCACGGUGCACAAGCGCAUGGACCACCUGAAUGUGAAGAAGCACCACUGCGACCUGGAGGAGCUGCGGAGGCUCAAAGCGAUCAACUCUAUAGCUUUCCACGCCGCGAAAUGCACGCUCAUAUCGCGCGAGGACGUGGAGGCUCUGUAUUUCUCCUGCAAGACCGAGCGGGUGUUAAAGUCCAACAAAAGGAAAGCGAAAGCUGCGUGCUCCCCCGGGGGUGAGGACGCGUCCCCAGGGCGUGCAGACACCGACCUGUGGAAGGACAAAGUUUGGUUCAGUUUGCACGGUGUCCCGGAGACACUUCACAACAAGACGAGCAGGAGGAAAGAGCUGCCUCCCUGCCUUACCGACUCCAAACUACCUCAGUUUUACCAGAAAACGCACGGACGGGAGCACCGCUCAGUGACUAAGUCCGAUCACAAACACUUUAAAAACUAUGAAACAGCGAAAACAGCAGGGAACCGGGUCACCCUGAGCCAAAGGCAAGCGUUUUUCCGGCAGCCGGUAGUGCUUCAGUCCGCCAUAGCUGCUCAGUCCAGGCUCUCGCGCUCAGCCGGCGACCUACUUCACAAAAGGAAGAGGAGGCGCGAGGGGGGCAGGAGUAGACACGCGCAACAACACGUACCGCCGGUUCUACUCGUGCAACCCAAAUCCAGCCACGGGAAUACUUUUGGUGCUUUCCACCUCGGUCCGGAUCUGUAUCUGGACCCCAGACCUCACCUUCAUCACCACCACCAUCAUCAUCAUCACCACCACAUCAACGAGCCCGGCUUCCCAGAGAGCUACAGCAGCGACACCGAGUCCAGCACCUACUCGGACCGGGCUGACUCGGACUUCGGGUCCGGCUUCUCCAGCACCAGCAACUCCGGGAGCUCCGAGGAAGAGGAGGAGGAUGAAGAUGACACGCAGUCAGAGAGUUCAGAGGUCAGCUCGGAUGAAGAGGAGAGCUCCUCUCAGUCCGACUCUAGCUCUGUUUCCAGCCGGGUUUCGGUGCAGAGCAUCCGCUUCAGACGGGCCCGGGUUGGGUCCCUGUCCAAAACUGUCAGCACCAGUAAAGCCCCUUUGGUCCUACAGCCCACGUUUCACUACAACCAGCACCAAGAGAAACCACACCGGACACUGGGCCACGUUUCCGCGUCACAACCGGGGGACAGAAGACAGAAGAAAUGUGAGUUUAUCUGCAGUGAAGCUAGGAAAGACGUUGGACCUUUACAGCCGCCGAGAUUUAACUCAACUGUUACAGGAGAGAGCUUUUUAUUCGAGUACAAAAAGGGGAAAGCCUUUGAGUCUGAUCCAAGCAGUGUGGACCCUUAUUCACCGGGACACAACCGGAUUUCCCCCCCCUCACGCAGAACACUUCAGUGUGACCAGGACAGAGACACCAAGCUCCCCAGAUGCACCGAGAAAAGGGAUGCGAGGCCCAGCCGCCUGAAGCUGUCCCCUCCGCUGAAGAGAAUAAAAACCGAGCCAGAGGAGCUCUCUGUGUCCGCGGCCCCCCGCCCGGACCGCGGCAGGACACCCCCCUUCAACCUCCAGAAUGUGAAAGUUAAAGUGGAGGAAAGCUGUGAUGAAUAUGAAUACCAGAGCCAGGCUGCAGUCAAAUGCAAAGGAGAUAAGACAGAGAGCAAUGGGCAGUAUCCCCUCAAACAUGGGAGCUAUUUCGGGAUUAAAGCCUCAGAGAAGAGCCCUGAUGUGGCCCCCAGGUCCCCCUGCAGCCCUCAGGAAUGCAGGAGCUCCCCGAGUUUCCAGGAGGGGAACAAAACCUGCAGGGCUCCGGUGCUGGGGGGUAAAAAACCUCGAGUUUCCAGGACGCAAACAAAACACAGGGUCAACCAAGCUGCCUCUUCCUCUUCCUCCUCUUCUUGUUCGUCCUCUUCUCGGCCAGAGGAAGUAUCCACGGAGGAUUUACCGAGCAGACGCAAACGCAGCACUAUAGCAUCGCCUGCUAAAAUGCUUUUCAGCCUGAUGGCACAUUUCCCCUCCCCGCCGUCGUUGGUUGUUGGCAGCGACGGGGAUUUGUGCCCUGCUUACUCCCUGAAGUCGCCGAGGGGCGCCGGGCCUCCCCCUCCGUCCCACCCCGUGUGGAGGUGGCAGCCAGGCGGACAGAUUCUCCCUCCCCCACCCGCUCAGAGGACUAGGAAAUACUGAGCAGGGUUUUUAAAAACAAUAGCCUUCACCAUCUACAACCUCUCCGUGAGCUCACCACUCGCAACUUUAUCGGUGUGCCGCCAAUUUUCUGUGAAUGGGUUUACAUUCCGCUUUGUUUUGAAGUUUGAUCGAGAAGAAAAACCCUUUUUGGAGCCUCUGAAAACGCCCACAGGACUGUGAGACACUGCUCGUGGAUCUGCGCUUAAAAAAAACAAGCUAUCAAUCCUAAGCAAUAUGUUUUUACUUGAUUCUUUCUCCUUCACGUUUUCUAUGCUCGACCUGUUGGAUUGUAUGGUGCCAGGGUGUGUGCUUAAAGGACAUGUUUUUUUUUUUAAAGAAAAAGCCUUCCUUUAAUGAGGCUAAUCUAUAGCUGGGACUGAGGGCUAGUUGGUAAAUCAAAAGAAAAUCAGGGUUUCCCAUUCUGUGCCACCUGAUAAUUGUAUGUCAAAGCUCUUUUCUUUCAUGACAUGCUGACCACAAUGCCCCACAUUUCAGAGAAUUAUUAAAACAUUGGUUUAGUACCAUCUAUCUGCUCACAGAAAAGCCUUUAUUAGAUUUAGCAGGAAUGUAUUCUUGCUUGUUGUGUUUCUUUUUUCUUUUCCUAGAGUGCUUGUGAUGGUUUUCAGUCUUUCAGGUUUUAUUUCUGCUGAGUAUUUCCUCGUUUGCGAAUGUGUGACAGUGCACAGUCGCAGGCCCAGACACAACACAGGCCUUAUGUACAGACAAUCAAAAAGGAAAAAGGCUCAGACCUUCGUUAUAGCACGUCAGCUCCCACCAUUGACUCCAUGCAUGUCCUUCCACAUGGUCACCUAUUUUUCCUGCACACCACAUCUGUGCAAACACCAGUCUGUAUUUUCCUCUAUGCAGGACUAAUGUAAAGCAAAACAGACAUAAUGCCAAUAUCCAAGCUAGGCAGUGGAUGGGAUGUGAUU